AAGCGCUCCCGGAGGGCGGCGGCGCCUAGCGCGGGUACUUCCGGGUGGCAACGCGCUUCCCCCACCUCCGGCUCCGCCGCCACGCCGCCGCCUCCCGCCGGGUCGCCCGCUGCCUCCGCCCGGCUCACUCCGCCUCCCCCCCUCGCUCUCCUCUCCCCGCCCCGGGCCAUGCCGCUGCGGGGCUCCCGGUCUGCGGGGCCGUCAGGGCGGCUGUUGCUUGUGGUGGCGCUGGCGGCCUGCGCCGCCCGGGCCUCCGAGAUCACCUUCGAGCUGCCCGACAACGCCAAGCAGUGCUUCUACGAGGAGAUCGCCCAGGGCACCAAGUGCACCCUCGAGUUUCAGGUGAUCACUGGAGGCCAUUAUGAUGUUGACUGUCGAUUGGAAGAUCCUGAUGGCACUGUAUUGUACAAAGAGAUGAAGAAACAAUAUGACAGCUUCACGUUUACUGCAUCCAGAAAUGGAACAUACAAAUUCUGCUUCAGCAACGAGUUCUCUACUUUCACGCACAAAACUGUGUACUUUGAUUUCCAGGUUGGAGAAGAUCCACCACUGUUUCCUAGUGAGAACAGAGUAACUGCACUUACCCAGAUGGAGUCUGCAUGUGUUUCAAUUCACGAAGCUUUGAAGUCCGUCAUCGAUUAUCAGACUCACUUCCGCUUGAGGGAAGCACAGGGCCGCAGCAGAGCGGAGGAUUUAAACACCAGGGUGGCCUACUGGUCCAUAGGGGAAGCGAUCAUUCUACUUGUCGUUAGUAUUGGGCAGGUAUUCCUCCUCAAAAGCUUCUUCUCGGAUAAAAGAACCACAACAACCCGUGUUGGAUCAUAACUGGUACUGGUAAAGCUUCGGGUCAUUGUGUGAUACUCAUCUGUAAAAAUUACUGUUCUCCAAUUAAUUGCAGGUACAAAGGAUCUGAGUAUAUGCAAAAUUCAAAUGUGUCUACCCCACAUCCCAUAAAAAUCACAAAACAGACCCAAAAUAUUAUGAAAUAUCUGAAAUAUUUUAAAAGUACUUCGGAACUUUACGGUUUUUUUAUGAUUCCUAUUUUAAAUAUCUGGCAGUGACCAGCCUCUCUUCAUUUCUACUGAUUUUAAUCCAAACUGAGUUUGAUUUUUGCUGGUAAGAUUAUCCAUCUGCAGUAUAACACUUUAAAGUAACCCAACAGUCUAGUGUCUGAUAUGACAGCCAAUAUAUAUGAAAACUUGAUUUGAUUUUAAUUUUCAGGCUGAAUGUAUUGGAUCAUAAAAAGGCAAAUGUGAUGAACUAUAGUGCAUUGUUUUGAUUUGCUGUUAAAAAAAAAAUCCAGUGAUACACCUUGCUUAUUUGUAAAAUUGUUGCAAGCUUGAUGCUACGUCACCAUGCAAAUUCUGCAUCAGCCUGGUAAGUCUCCACUUUCAAAUCUAGCUAAAUUUUGUACUUAAGUAUGUUUGCUUAAACAUACAUUAUUCUAUGAUAAAAUACAUGCGUUUCCUCUUUUACUAUGUUCGUUUCACUGAACAAAUUGUAAGCUGAGACUACUCAGGAAAUCCCCUUUCUGUAUUCGAAAAUCCAAAUCUCCAAGUUUAUUUUAAAAACAUGCAAUAAAAUAGGGAGUCUUGUACUUUUGUCACUGAAACUGUACAGUUUCUGUACUCACAUGCUGCUGCUGCUUUUUGGGUUUAAGACCAGAAGUAGCUUGGUUUGUUAAGCAGCACAGCACCAGCACUGGACGAGGUUAUAUUAUGUGUUAGGCACAUACAAAGCUUUUUACCAGAUUGUUUUCCUAUUAAGAGGCCAAUUUGAUAUUGAUACUGCAUUGCACGAGUGCUGUAAAUUUUACUUUCCUGUGUGUGGUGCACUGAUACUUGAUGGCCUUGUGCAUCUAAUUGCCACUCUUUUUUGCUAGUGGUCGGGAAAUGUUUUAAAUAUUUCAGGUUAUCUUUUUGGUAGAGUCAUAGUUACAUUGUUUCCACUUGUCUUUAGUAGCUUAUGUACUGUAACGUCUUGUUUUAUUUGGACGGGGAAGGUAGUAAAUGUAUAUACCUACAAGGAGCUUGAAUUGAGCUGGUCAUAAUAAGGCUCAUAAUAAACUCCUUCAAAUCGCUCUGGAGGAAUAGGCAGACUGACCAACUCUUAAGUGCACACAAACUAAGGCAAAAAGAUUUGUCAUAUAUUACUGGCUAAUUCAAAAGAUGCUUCUCAAGCAAGUUCUCAGUAAGCAGAGAAAGAAAGCUAAACCCUUACUAAUUGCCCGUAUUAUUUCUAGCAAAAAAUUUAAAAUUACACGUACAGGUGACAUUUGAGCAAUCUGCAGAAGUGAUCUAAGAUGACUUGGUUUUAAAAUCUUGUGACGGCUGAAAAAAAAACAAAAGGGCACCUACCGUCUGUUGUGAACUGAACUGAACGACUGCUCUCUUGGGCACUGAAGAAAAACCUCACAACAGCUCAAAAAUUAUUGAAAGGGUCAUGGGGGUAUUAAAAAGCCUACUAUAUGUAAAAUGCAGGGUUAUAUGUAAUGUUUUUCUAUCCUGUACUGAACUUUAAAUACUGCAGUACCGUUUGGGGAUGUAAACUUCCCAGAAAUAAACUUGUAAAGAUCAUAAAACAAAAAAACUAGGGCUUUCUCCUUAGAAUACGAAUCUGUGCCUGCACACAAUAUUCUUAAUUGUACCUAUAUGCUUUAUUCUUGUGUUUCAGCAACGGAUAUUUAGUACUUCUUGUGCUGCAUUGCACACAAUAAUGAAGCAAGUGGUACACUUUGGGUGCAAGUGUUGGAUGAAAACAUUAUUUAAUUUUGCUAGCGUCCACUAUUAUCUUCUGGACUUUGAAUAUCACUUGUGUAGCUUUAAUGGCAACAAAAGCAUUUGUUUUAAAGGUUGAAACGUGUUGGUAUUUUUCCCACUGAGUUGUUCUGUGUACUGUCAAAAUUGGUAAACAAUGGGAUAAAACAGAUAAUGGUUGGCCAUCACGUACAUGUCUCAUUCGUUCAUGAUGUUUGAAUGUGUGAAGUGG